CGGGCCAGACAGUCAGUGUCGUGUGCUUGGUCUAGAGUGAGGCUUGAGCGGCACCUCUCCCCCUCUCCUUCACUGGGCAAGAUGUUUCUCUCGGUUUUAACGGCGUCGUUGGCCGUUAUUGGCUGUCUGGUGACUCAGACAACAUGCGCAGAGGAUAGAGAUCUGCUGAUAGUGACUGUUGCAACAAAUGAGACCGAUGGAUUUAAGCGUUUCAUCCGCUCGCUAAAUAUCAAUGGCCUGCAAGUUAAAGUUUUAGGUCUUGGUCUUGCAUGGGAAGGAGGAGAUGUGAAGAAUGUAGCCGGUGGAGGUCACAAAGUUAACCUGCUGAAGGAGGAACUCAAGAAGUACAAAGAUGAUGCAAAAAAGAUCAUUAUGUUUAGUGAUAGUUAUGAUGUUAUCUUCACUGAUGGCAAGAAUGCUAUUCUGGAGAGGUUUGACAAGCUGAAUGCCCAAGUGGUCUUUGCUGCAGAAGAUUAUUGCUGGCCAAAUAAAAACUUGGCAUCACAGUAUCCAAGGGUACCAUUUGGCUACAAGUACCUAAAUUCUGGAGGUUUCAUCGGCUAUGCACCAGAUGUAUAUAAAGUUGUCACAGCACAUGAAAUCAAGAAUGAAGAUGAUGACCAGUUGUAUUACACAGAAAUAUUUCUUGAUGAGAAGCUUCGUAAGCUUUAUGGAAUGAAACUUGAUACUCAGGCUAAAAUAUUUCAAAACCUUAAUGGACAGUAUGGUGAUGUAUCUAUGAAAUUUGAUGAAGAUGACACAGUAAUAGUAAACACUGUCUACCAGUCAUCACCUGUAGUAAUUCAUGGUAAUGGUCCAUCAAAAAUUCUUCUAAAUUCUCUUGGCAAUUAUUUGGCAAAGUCAUGGGUCUAUAAUCAUGAAUGCCUCGCAUGCAAAGAGAACACUAAAGAUAUAAAGGAACUUGAGAGGUCAGAAUACCCUGUUGUGUUAGUAGCUGUUUUUGUGGAGAAACCAAUGCCUUUCUUGGAAGAGAUGCUUGAGAAAGUUGCUAAUCUUGAUUAUCCAAAGAACAGAAUAGAUCUAUUUGUUCAUAAUCAGGAAAAACUUCAUGUACAACUUGUGGAUGAGUGGAUGUCAAGGCAGAAGUCAGCAGGGUACCGUAGCACAAAGUUCAUAUCUGAAGCCGAUAACAUAAAGGAGUGGCAUGCACGCAAUCUUGCAGUGGAGCAUUGCCUCAAGAAGGAUUGUGAUGCAUAUUUUAGUGUUGAUGCUGAUAUUCAUCUAGAUAAUCCAGAGACUUUGACACAUCUUCUAAGCCAGAACAGGCCAAUUUUAGGUGCAGUGAUGGUUCGUGCUGGCCAGGCCUGGUCGACAUUUUGGGGAGCCCUUAAUGAGGAUGGCUUCUAUGCAAGGUCCAUUGACUACAUGGACAUUGUCAACAACAACAGAAGAGGCAUCUGGAACGUCCCGUACCUGACCGGUGUGUACGUGAUCCAGCGCUCCGUUCUGGCCAGCCCGGAGACCAGACCUAAUUACAUAUAUAAACUGCUGGAUGCUGACAUGGCCAUGGCUGCCAACAUGAGAGAGAAGGGAAUAUUUAUGUACGUGAGUAACCUGGAGGACUACGGCCAUCUGAUAGAACCCAAUUACUUCCCGACCAAAUACAUGCACAACGACAUGUGGCAGAUGAAAGCCAACAAGGAGGACUGGGAGAACCGCUAUAUCUCACCUUUGUUUUGGAAAGCGCUCGACCUGACCACCCUCAAUGAAAUGCCAUGUCCAGAUGUGUACUGGUUCCCUAUCUUCACUCCCAGAUUUUGCAAAGAACUGGUUGAGCUGGCUAACGACAACGGCGGCUGGUCUGACGGGACCAACAAUGACCCACGACUGGCAGGUGGCUAUGAGAAUGUACCCACUGUGGAUAUCCACAUGAACCAGAUGGAGUAUGAGCAGGAAUGGCUUUGGAUCCUGCGUCACUAUGUGAAACCCCUUGCGGAGAAGGUGUACUUGGGAUAUGACAGUGGAGCCCGGUCUAUCAUGAACUUCAUAGUGCGGUACAGGCCAGAAGAGCAAUCUCUUUUGAGGCCGCACCACGAUUCAUCAACUUACACCAUAAAUGUUGGUCUGAACCGGCCACAUAUUGACUAUGAGGGUGGUGGAGCACGCUUCAUAAGAUAUAACUGCUCUGUGAUCAACACGCGUGUGGGAUGGGGCCUAAUGCACCCGGGACGUCUCACACACUACCAUGAAGGCCUUCGUACUACUAGUGGAACACGUUAUAUCAUGGUCUCAUUCAUAGAUCCUUGAUUGUCUACUUCCAGGUUUAUUGUUGAAAACUGCAGCCUUUCAACUUCCUUACUUUUACUUGAGAGCUGUUGAUGAGUUAUAGUUGUGUGUGUGUACAUGGGCAACAUUUUUGUAUACCCGUAUAUAAUGAUAUUACUUAAAGUGAGUGCUAGAGAAGAAUGCUCUGAUUUUGUGCAUGAUCAUUGUGGAUACUACAUUUUGACUACUGUAGUGACUCAACAUGUUAAAGAACUUGCAAGAUUGUAUGAUUGCUGUCAUUAUUUUCACAAUGGCAUUACUUCCAAAAUAUUGUAUUGUUGGCCACAUUUUCUUUGAAUAUCACUGAACAUUACCAGCAAUAUUCAUUGAGUUGGUAUUAUCUUUUAAUCAUUUUGAUAGAUAACAUCAAAUUUCUAUUGAAAAAUCAUUCCUUUGUUAAAGUAAUCAUUUUACUUUUGUCACAUAUAUUAUACCAUCAUAUGGUAAUUUACAUUUAAAUCUGAAGUUGUUUAUCACAGAAUAACAAUGGUAUACCUAGGAUAUUAGGAUAGCAGGGGUGGGGGCACCUGUGAUGAAAAAUGGGUUAGACUUCCAGAGGUUUUACGGAGAGGGUUUGUGAUGGUCCUUUUUGUGCCUUGCAUGACUAGUUUGUUGACCUUUAUGUUUUAUUGAAUGGUGAAUUUCUCACCAUUGACUGUCAUUUUAACAAUGCACAAAUCUUAAGGAAAGAAAAUGCCCUCUUUCCCCCAGGCUAUGCAACUGAGGGAUUACCAUAAAAAAAGUGCUGAUUUUAGUGAGUUCACUUCCAUUUAAUAUUCUAAGCUGAAAAUAUAAACGUUUUACUUUUUACUAUAAAGAAAUUAAAAUGAGGGAGGUAAAGUGUGUUGAAGAACUCUUGUUCUUUUAAAACAAUUUGAAAAUCAUUUGCUGUUGAAUGGACAAUUUGUCUGGUAAUCUAAUAUUUUUUUAGAUGUUCCUGUAUUUAUUUUUCUUGAUGAAGAUAUGUUUAAGAGCUAUUUUCAAAACACAAUAUUAGUGCCAUAUGUACCUUUAAGAAGUAUAUUUUAAGAUAUUUUUUUUAUCUUGGUGAUUUAAUACUUUUUAGUCUUUAUCAAUAAAUUAUUGGUAAUGGAAUCUCAUUUUCCUAAGACUGCCUUAGCUUUUGGAGAUUUGGAGAGUGCAAAAUAUUGGUAAUAUGCACAGAAAAGUCUUCCAGGUGGUGUAGGAUGCCUAGCUUCAUAAAUUCUGCAGUUAUGUGUUUUUUAACGUGAAUGAAAAAAUAUGGAAUGGUGGCUCAUGAAUCUUGCCAUGUUUACAAGGAUACAAGGAUGGGUAUUUUGAAUGUGAUAUACAUAUCCAAGGUAUAUAGCCAGGCAGAGAACUGUAUCUGUGUCAUAUUAUUGAUUAAAAGACUUUCAAUUUCGCUUUACAACUUGGAUAUACAUAAUAUCUCCAACAUGACAACCUAGGGGAAACAUGUCUUAGAUUUGUAAUGUUUUUUACAAUGUCAGCCAUUUUUAUCCAGUAUAGUAUUUAUUUGGAUUUAUUAAUGUAAAAGUGCAUAAGCAUGAGCAUAAAUAUGCAUUUCAUCAUUGGACAGUGGUUAGCAUGUUUUAGCCCAUACAUUAGUCAAUAAGAUUGUAUGAUAUUCACACAUGAAGUCAACUAGGAACUGAGAGUAAUUAAGUAUAAUCAAGUAUACAUGUUUUAUCUUGUAAAAGUAAUAUCAUGGGAUUGAUCACUUAGUCUCAGCUGAUUGAAGUAGCAACUUUUAGUAUUUUUAUGUAACUUAUUUUCUGAAAGUAGUAUUAAGAUAAAAGCCCAGUUAGGACGAAGGUUGAGAGAUAAGAUAUGUGAUGAACAAUACUUUUUUUUUUAUUUGUCAGUGUUCUGACUAGUGUACCUUUUUUGGCUAAUCAAGAUAAUUGAUUUUAUUAUGUAAAUUAUUUUUAUAAUAAUAAUUAUAUUAUAUUGUAUAUCAAGUAUUGCACAAUAGUUGUGUAGAGCAGCUCAUCUAUGAACUUAGGACUUAACUAAGAAGAUAAUGUGUUUUUUUGUGUAUUUCAUAGCUCUAAACAUUUUACAAUUUUAUUUGAUUUGUAUAAAAUAUCUACAAAAGACAUGGCUAUAAGAUGUUCAUUGUUAAGAGUGUAUUUUGAAUAACUGUAGACUUUAAUAAUGAAAUGUGAUACCCUGCUUUAUGUAUAUGGUAACCACUUCAUCAUACAAACUAGAACUAAGACUUUUUGUCUUUGUGCAAUACUUUCUUCUGAUAUUAGACUAUAUGGACUGAUCACCUUGAUGCUUUUCUCAUUCUGAUUUGCAUGGGACAACAUUAUGUAUAAAAUAAGAAAUUUUACAUAUUUACUAAAUGCAAAAUUGCAAUUGCAGGCAUAUUUAACUCCUCAACUUAUUGUUCUUUGCUUUUCAUACUGCCAAUGGGAAUUUUUUUCCUGCCUAUGUUGUACAAGGAUCUGAUUGUAAAUAAAGUGGGAAUUUUUUUUUUCCUGCCUGUGUUAUGUUGGAUCUGAUUAUGAAUAAGAUUACUUUGUCUUAUUUAACAAUAAAAUGUAUGCAAUCCCAAGAA